CUGGGGUAACUGUGGUCCUGGUGGUUGUGAAUGUGAGCUCCUCCUUCAGCCACACUCUCCGGAGAACAGCAGAAAAACACCUGGAGGCACUCGGAGAGAAAGUAUGGAACCGAACCAUGGUCCUAUUCACCUUUGGGGACUGGCUGGGGGACACGACGAGCAGCGCAUUAAGAGUGAGGGAGAGCCCCUCCAGAGGCUUGUCGAGAAGUGUGGCAACAGAUAUCACAUGUUGGACAGUAAGAGCCAGGGCACCGGUGCACAGGUCACUGAACUGCUGGAGAAGAUAGAGGAGAUCCUUGUAGAGGAGAGGCUGGAGGUUCUACAGAGAGGAGAACAGGUUGGGAAGUGUCUCACAGUGAUGCAGGAGCCAGAGAUGGAUGGAGUGAUGAGACAGGGAGAGGGCAUAGAGGUCCCUGCAGCAAACCAUACAGACGCUCCCUUUCAUGAUGCGUGUGAGGUGGCCAGUUCAGAGGACCUUCUAACCCCAGACGACCCAGGAGCCCCAGACCUUGGUGGACAGGGGUUGGCACUACCAGAGGCUAGCGGAGGAGGGUGGACUGGAGAAAAUCACUCCAUCCUGGAUGUGGAGGGGUUUCUGUCCAGCAUGGCCAGUGUGCUUCAGGGGAAUCAGGAGGGGCUGAUGUGGAACAUGGGGGGCAGACAGACGCUAGUGGUGAACCUCCCAGACUGGCUCCACACUGGAUCUACUCAGAGCCAUCAUCUGAGAUGGAAUGGACAGAAUGGUAGAAAACCUGUCACCCUGUUCUCUCCAGGACACCAAGCUCUCCUCCUGGUCAUACCCGUGGAGCAACCCAAAGAACCAGAAUGAAUGCUGGUGGAGAAACAGGAAGACAUUGUGGAUAUACAGUCCCUUGGACACCCCAGGUUGAGGGACAGGGCCCUCAAGGAGAUCGCCAGAACAGGAGGCCUGCAGGCCCUGAUUGACCAAUGGGGGAACAGUAACUUGGAGGAGCUUGAAUCCUUCAUUGACUCCUAUUUUGAAACGGUGUGGAAGGAAACCAUGGGGUCUUUCAUGGUAGAGGAGGAGGACUGUCUCACCAGCAACAGCCCAGAGCUGGAUGAUGUUGGGGAUGAUCUUGUAAAUAAGGGUGGCCAAGAGGUGCUGUCAUCCAUUGACAAGAAGCUGUCUAAGCUGGACAUCCUGGAGAGCAUGCAGAGAGACCUGCUGGAGCUCAGACAGAGCCUGGAUCGCAACUGUAACAUCAUACAGGAACUCAGUGACAAAAGCAAAGCAACACAGGAGCCUGCUGUGCCCUCUGAUGCAGGGGAGGCAGAAGAGUAGGAAAGUUGCUAGAGGAGAGAUGUUUAACAAUAACAUAAAUUAUAAGUUAUAGAUUGGUUUGUUUGUUUUAUCUAAUGAUGCCCUAACAACUAAUUAACAGUAUUGAUUUAUUGAUGGAGUUAAUGCUUAUGGUGAGCCAGUAUAUUCACAAGAUUUCGUUGUGACUUUAUGAUGUCAAGUGUUUCCACAAGGGGGAGCCCUCUGACAAGUGAUUUU